CGCGGCCCGUCCACUCCAGCCUAGCCCCGUCCUGGUCCUAGUACAACGACAAUGAAGCAGCAGCAACAGCUGGCGGCCGCGAGCGCGGGUGUCCCGGCCUUCCUGAGCAAACUGUGGGCGCUGCUGGGGGAGGCGCCCAGCAACCAGCUCAUCACCUGGAGCCAGAAUGGCCAGAGUUUCCUGGUGUUGGAUGAACAAAGAUUUGCAAAAGAGAUUCUUCCUAAGUACUUCAAGCACAACAACAUGGCGAGCUUUGUGAGACAGCUAAAUAUGUAUGGCUUCCGUAAAGUAGUCCACGUUGACUCUGGUAUUGUCAAAUUGGAACGGGAUGGUCCUGUGGAGUUCCAGCACCCAUACUUUAAGCAGGGCCGUGAUGACUUGUUGGAACAUAUUAAAAGGAAGGUUUCCUCUUCAAGACCUGAAGAAAAUAAAAUCCGUCAGGAAGACCUGUCUAAAAUCAUAAACAGUGCUCAGAAGGUGCAAAUUAAACACGAGACCAUUGAAUCCAGGCUGUCUGCCUUAAAGAGGGAAAAUGAAUCUCUUUGGAGGGAAGUGGCAGAAUUGAGAGCAAAACACUUGCAGCAGCAACAGGUUAUUCGAAAGAUUGUACAGUUCAUUGUUACUCUGGUGCAGAAUAACCAGCUAGUGAGUCUAAAACGUAAACGGCCACUACUUCUGAAUACCAAUGGACCUCCAAAGUCCACUAUGUUUCAGCAGAUCGUCAAAGAAUCAGCUGACAAAAACCAUCAUGUACCACUCAGCAGAACUGAGGGACUGGAGCAGAGGGAGCAGAUUUCAGAUGACAUAAUUAUUUAUGAUGUCACUGAUGAUAUUGGUGAGGAAGAAAAUACUAUGGGUGAAGAAGAAAGUGCUCCCAUUACUCCAGAAACAAAUGAGGAUGCUACGUCAGACUCUUCCAACUGUAGUCAUUCUCCUGAUAUUGUAAUUGUAGAAGAUGAUAAUGAGGAUGACAACAUCCCUGUAAUUCAAGGGGAUAAAAAUAUCGAACCAAUCACUAUCCCAGCCAGUGAUCCCCUCAGUCCUGUCAGUGACAGUGCAAGCCCCCUCAUGUCUAGUGCUGUUCAGCUGAACAACCAGUCAACUCUAACUGCAGAAGACCCUGUCUCAAUGAUGGAUUCCAUACUCAGUGAGAAUGGAGUAAUUUCACAGAACAUCAACCUUCUUGGAAAAGUUGAGCUAUUGGAUUAUCUUGACAGUAUUGAUUGCAGUUUAGAGGACUUCCAAGCCAUGCUGUCAGGACGACAGUUCAGCAUAGACCCUGAUCUUCUGGUUGAUCUUUUUACAAGCUCCGUGCAGAUGAAUCCCACAGAUCAUAUCAGUAAUACAAAAACAAAAGGAAUAGAAACUACAAAGAGUAAUGGACCUCAGCCUGCUUCACAGGACACACAGAGUUCUAAGCCCAAAUCAGAUAAACAGCUCAUUCAAUACACUGCCUUUCCACUCCUUGCAUUCCUUGAUGGGAGUCCAGGUGCAACUGUUGAGGGUGGAAAUUCCACAUCUGAAACCAUGUCCUCCCUAGACAAACCCUUAGAAGUGGAUGAGCUUCUGGAAAGCAGCCUGGACCCUGAACCAACUCAAAGCAAGUUAGUGCGGCUGGAGCCACUGACUGAGGCGGAAGCUAGUGAAGCCACACUGUUUUAUUUAUGUGAACUUGCUCCUGCACCCAUGGACACAGAUAUGCCAUUCUUGGAUAACUAACAUAGCAGGAACUUUGUAUAUAUUCAUCAAAACGAACUAUUUAUUUAGGAUAUCAUUUGGUAUCUUUCUGGGUUUUUUGGUAAAUACUUCGGUUAGUAUAACCAGCUAUUGUGGAAUCUCUCGCCUAUCCUUCUUCCCACAAACUGCUCUUUGAAUAUGUGUAAGUAGUUGUGUACUUAUACAAGACAUCAUAGACAUAGUAUGACUUGGUAUAUGCAACUAAGUUACCAAACUUUUUAAUUGCUGUCAAAUAUUUGGUAUUUAUAGAGAAUACAAAAUAUUCCAGGUAAUCAAAAUUCAUGUCAGAAUGACCGUUGUUUUACACUCUUAGACUUUUUGGUUCUAUGUAUGAUUGAGUAGAAUAACUCUGUAUUGUGUAGAACUCUGAAUGUUUUCUGUAUUUUGGUUUUCUAUUUUUACAACCUUUUGUUUAAAAAACGUUUUGGGUGGGGGGAGGGGGUGCAUCAAGACCUGAGUUGAGCUGUAUUUUUUCUGGUUGAAUUGGGAACAAAGUGCCUGUUACCUAGUUGACUCUUUGGUUCUGCCUUAGUUUUCAGUGAGUGUGAUCAUACAUGACAGGAGAGAAAUGGAAGCUUUUAUUUAUUAAGACAGGAGCCACUUGCAUGCAUGAGUUCUAACCUGAACCAUCCACUUUGAUAAAAUAAAUGUUAUCUAGGUGUGACUUUUGUUAGGGGUCAUCUUUUACAUUGUCUACACUUUGAGUCAAUGCUUAGAACAUGUUUUCAGAUGAACUACUGUACAUGAAGUAACUUUAAUUCAUGCUAGUGUAUGCCAUAAAAGACAGUCUUAGUUUUCAGUUUCAGAACAAUUUUUUUUAAAACCAGUAAUUGGGUAGGAUAAAUUUCAAGAGGUCAGGUCAGACUCUACAUGAGCUAUGUAUCAAGUGAAAGAUGUACACUUUACUACAUUAACAUGCUGAGAUAGUAAUAAAAAUAGGUUGUUUUGAUACCAUUGAGCAUGAAAUAUGCUGUUUUUAUAUACAGAUAAUACUGUGUUCACUGUUAAGUAGGGAUCUUGUAGCAUUUCAGUUAAACACCUGUUUUCAAGCUACUUGAAUCAGGCAGAAAAAAAUCUCGAAUUCUCACCAAUUUUUGUGCAUUGACUCAUCUUCUCUACCACCAGUAAACAAAUGUAUUGUAGAUGUAGGGUACAUCUGCUCAAGGAUAAAAUAGCAUGGCUGGAGUUGGCUCAGGUCAGUGGACUUGAACUCAUAGGGCUAAAAAUUGGGUUUGGACUGGAGCCUAUGCUCUGGGACCUUCCACUGAGCCUGAGUCAGCUGAUUUGGCCAGCCAUGGGGAGAGGGGUUAUCCCUGUGUAGCUGUAACCAUAGUAACUGAGUAUAUUUUCAUUAAUGGAAUUUGUAAAAUGUAUCUAGAAAGCUACUACUGUGUACUCAUUCAGAAGGCAUUAUCCUAUUCAAACAAGUACCUUUUGGCAAGCAUAACAGUAAGUGCUCUUAAUGCAUUAUGACCUACUGGUAAAUAAAAGUUUAUAGCACUUAGUUUCCUCUCAGCUAGUCAAAAAAUAAGUCAGCUGAAAUGGAAGCAGCUUAGUAUAUAGCACACCUCACUAUCAGAGGCCACUGGCUGUGUAGGUCUCUGGCUUCACCUGUUGAGGGUGCCCCUAUUUGGUAUAUGUACUGUUGUACCACAGGAGAACUCACCUAGUAAACAAUUUUGAUGUUGUGGCAUGAAAAGAUGUGCUAUUUAAACAUUCUUAAUGGGUCAGCUGAGUUGCUAGUUUAUCAAGUUAAUUUCACUAAAUACUGCUUAGAGCAGUGGUUCUGAGUGGGGGUUGGG